UCAAUUCUGGUUCUAUGAAAACGUAAAAUGAAAAGUUUUUUCACCGUUUCAUACAAAUACUGAUUCGAGUUCUAUGAAAACAUAAAAACAUAUGUUUUAAUGUUUUCAUAUGAAAGGAACGAUAGAAAGUGAAACUAGUGUUUUCACAUUUUCACAAAGUAAGCUAUUCCGAUUCUAUGCAAUCAUGAAAAUUGAAUCAAAAAAGUUUUCAGUUGAAAAAUAUUUUUUCAUACAAAUUUUCUUUAUGAAAAUGGAAAAAUCGGUCCGUGGUAAAAGAGCCUCAGAAGAACAAAAGGAAUUUUUAAUAAAUUUCCUUGAGGAAAACGUCGAUUUGGCGAAUGACAAAUUUUGUACUGUUGAUGGUGCAAAAUAUAGAGAAGAAAAAUGGAAGGAAUUGGCGGAAUGCUUGAAUGCUAUUGGAGGGACUAUGAAGGAUGGUGCCAAGUGGAGAAAAUAUUGGAGUGAUUUGAGGCAACAUACACGCUCCAAAUACCUUUUGAUGAAAAGAGACGAACAAAAAAGUGGAAUUAAUGGACCAAAAAAAAUCAAGCAACUAUCUGAAGUAGAACAGAGGAUUAUAAAUAUUACCAAAAUAGAAGCGGUUGAUGGGGAUAAAACUCAGGAGAUGGGGUUCCUAUGUAGUCCCGGAGUACAUGUGGAAAAUAACUCAUCAGAUAUUUGCUAUCAGGAAGAUAUGGUGGAGAUACUUGAUGACCAAAUUGUAGAGUUGGAUGAAGAUCUUGAAACUGGAGAAAAUUCCACAUUUACAAUUAAAUUGGGAGGAAAAAGACCAAGGAAAGAAAAACGGAAGGUUGCUUUAUAUCCUGAUGAAUCACAAUUUGAAAUAUUGUUUAAAAUAGAAGAAGAGAAAGUGGAAGCUAUGAGAAAGUCUAAUACUCUAAAGGAAAGGGAGAUUGAAGCUAUAAAGGAGCAAACAGAAGCGAUUAAGGCUGAUACACAAGCAAAAGUGGAAUUUUUAAAAAAAAUACAUGAAGUCAUUCAAGUUCUACCUUGUAAUAAUAAUGGCUACUGACAUAAUAAUAAAUAAAUUCUAGCCAUUACUAAAAAUGAUGUCGAUUAUUCUUAAACUGUUUUGGAAACGAGCUUGACACAAAUCAGCAAGGUGUGGAUAAAAGUUGUCUGUCCGUGGAAAUCACCCUAGCGUCCAAACGAAUUGAAGUAGAUUGAUACAAUUUUAUUCAAAUGUGUGUUUGGUCUGCAGGACUUUUGAUAUUGAAUAUUUGUUAUGUAGGCCCACGUAUAGGUAAAGCCCACACUUCGUUAUAGGUACAGACAGAAUUUUAGAUCCAAGUCUUCGUAUAGUAUUUUUAAGAUUUUAAAAAAUUUUGUAACGGAUUUUGCCUUUUUAUUUAGUUUUUUGUUU